GGACGUAAGAGAGGCUCAAAUAGCGUGAGCUAAAUUUGGAGUGCAGGAGCAGCUUGAGGAAAAUGCAUCGGCUAGUUAAACCCGCUGAAAUGGGAAGGUUUUGCUACUCUCUCAAACCUAACCAGAUUGUUCAAUUUCAUCUGCAUCCAAUUGGGUUUUCCCAAUCGUCUCAUCUCUGCCACUGCUGGAAUUGCUCAGUUGAAUAAUCCUCACUCAGGUAACAUCACCCUUUCUUGUAAAUACCAAAUUGCAUAGGAACUUGGGAACCCCAUUUGAGUUUUCGUUCCAGGUUUUCUGCUUAGUUUCUGAGAGUUCUGCUAUACCCAUUUAGAGUAAUGUUAAAAAUUCCAAAACUUUGGCAUCCUCUGACCAAAAAGUUGCAAUCUUUGAUCAAUACUCACCGUUUUGGGAUUUUCUCAGCUGGGUAUGUUAAGGGUAGCAAUGACAAUGGUUUUGAGUCAGAGAAUGAGUGGGAGAGGUUGCUUAAGCCAUUUGACCUCAAUGAACUUCGGAAAUCACUCGUUCAAAUUACCCCAGUUCAGCUUUGUAAGUUACUUGAACUCCCACUUGACGUGCCCACGUCAAUGGAAAUGUUCGAAUUGGUGGGUGCCCAGAGGGGAUAUAGCCAUUCAUUUGAUGUGUACUAUAUGUUGAUUGAUAAGCUUGGCGCGGCGGGGGAGUUUAAGGUCAUGGAUAGGUUGUUGAUGCAGAUUAAAGAUGAAGGGAUGGUUUUUAGAGAGUCCAUUUUCAUUAUGAUCAUGAAACAUUAUGGCAGAGCGGGCUUGCCUGGUCAGGCGACUAGGCUGCUUCUGGAUAUGAGAGGGGUUUAUUCUUUUGAACCUACUUUCAAAUCUUACAAUGCUGUUUUGGAUAUACUGGUGGCUGGGAAUUGCCCCAAGGUGGCACCCAAUGUGUUCUAUGACAUGUUGAGUAGGGGCAUCUCUCCCAAUGUUUACACAUUUGGGCUGGUUUUGAAGGCAUUUUGUAUGGUUAAUGAGGUGGAUUCUGCAUGCUCGCUUCUUAGAGACAUGACGAAGCAUGGGUGUGUGCCGAAUUCUGUGGUUUACCAGACUCUUAUACAUGCCCUCGCCAGAAAUGAGCGAGUGAAUGAAGCAUUGAGACUUUUGGAGGAAAUGUUCUUGAUGGGUUGCACUCCUGAUGUUCAGACUUUUAAUGAUAUUAUCCAUGGUCUCUGCAAGGUCAAUCGGAUUCAGGAGGCAGCAAAGUUGGUUGAUCGGAUGCUUUUGCGGGGUUUUUCUCCUGAUGAGAUAACUUAUGGAGUUUUAAUGAACGGAUUAUGUAGAACAGGGCAAGUUGAUGAAGCAAGGGCAUUGUUAAAUAAAGUGCCUAGCCCGAAUGCUGUGCUUUUCAAUACCUUGAUUAAUGGUUAUGUUACCAGUGGACGCUUUGAUGAAGCCAAAGUUGUCUACUGUGAUGGCAUGCUGGGUAGCAGCUGUGACCUUGAUGUUUAUACAUUUAACAUUCUGAUUCGUGGACUUUGCAAGAAGGGCAGUUUGGCUUCUGCUCGUGAAUUGAUCAGUGAGAUGGAAACUAAGGGCUGCAAGCCCAAUGUGAUAACUUACACGAUAUUGGUUGAUGGGUUAUGCAAGGAAGGUCAACUGCAGGAAGCUGGUGAUGUUUUAAAUGAGAUGUCAUACAAGGGUCUUGGUCCGAAUAUCGUGGGAUACAAUUGUCUAAUAUCUGCUCUCUGCAAGGAUGGAAAGGUCCAUGAAGCUUUAAAGUUGUUCAGUGAAAUCUCAAGCAAAGGAUGUAAGGCAGACAUAUUUACCUUUAAUUCUUUGAUAUUUGGAUUGUGCAAGGUUGAUAGGAUGGAAGAGGCAUUGGGAUUGUACCAUGAUAUGUUAUUGGAGGGUGUUAUUGCCAACACUGUAACUUAUAACACAUUAAUUCAUGGUUUUCUGACUGGAGGUGCGAUCCAAGAAGCACUGAAGCUUGUAAAUGAAAUGGUGUCUAGAGGAUGCCCUCUUGACAAAAUAACCUAUAAUGGGUUAGUAAAGGCACUCUGCAGAGCUGGGGCUGUUGAAAAAGCAAGGGGAUUGUUUGAAGAAAUGAUGAGGACAGGACUUCAUCCAGAUAGUAUCUCAUGCAAUAUUUUGAUUAAUGGCCUCUGUAAAAGUGGCAAAGUAUAUGAAGCCCUUGAGUUCCUAAGGGAUAUGAUUCAUCGUGGUUUAAUGCCCGAUAUAGUCACUUAUAAUAGCCUGAUAAAUGGUAUGUGCAAGAUGGGACACAUUUGGGAAGCUUUGAAUCUCUUUGACAGAUUACAAGCUGAAGGGGUAUGCCCUGAUGCUAUUACUUAUAACACUUUGAUCAGUUGGCAUUGCAAAGAGGGCAUGAUUAAUGAUGCUUGUUUGCUUCUACAUAGAGGUGUGACUAAUGGAUUCAUACCAAAUCAUGUGACAUGGUAUAUAUUGGUCAGCAACCUGUCUAAAGAAAGAGGUUAUGUCCAUCAGGGCUUUAUUUAAGCCUAGUUUAUUUUUCUCCGGAGCGCACUAAGGAUUCUCAUGGUAUUUCUGAAAGCAUUUAUGCUGAUGGUGAUUGGAGGUGGAUAUGAAGGCACACGUUUUGAUUUUUAGUUGGUGGUAAUCCUGAUUUUUGAGUGCUUUUAAAUUAUAAGGAUUUUGCACCUGCCAGUUUGAUUUGUUGGUUGGUGAUUGGGGAGAAAUCCGGCUGGCUCUCUGGAAUACUUGGCUGAGUUUUCUGCUGGUUGAGGCAGAACAAACUACAUGAUGCUUUGUGUUGAUUGUUGAGUCGCGUUAAAGGUGGAGCUAAUUGUUUUUGACCUAUAUUAUGUUGUGGAUUCAAGAUAAGCGCCUUUCUUAGCUAGAAGCAUGCACAUUAGAUAAGAAAACAGCUGGAUAUAUAGAACAGAUGUAUUCAACUGUGCGCGCGCUCUAUUUUGUGGAGAAUCAGUUCAAAAUGGUACAAAAAUUUCACACUUGCAGGUGAAAUGGUCAAUGAAAUAUAUGAACAUCUAAUUACAGGAGGGAAUGCAAGUAUCCUUCUGUUGAUGGCACAUGUCUGGGUGUCAUACAGGAGUGUU